UGUUCCGCGCGGAAACAUUACGAGACGGAAUCGCUUCCGGUAGCAAAUUAUUAGCGCUAGCGUCGUCGUGUUUAUUUUUAGUCAAGUACACGUUAGAAAAUAUAUUUUAAAAAAUGAAUCGUAGUAUUUGGUUUUAGUUCAGUUAAGCAUAUGUUAGGGGGUUUACACAUUAUCUAAAUGGGUGCAUAUUACUGUGCUAUAUGUAGGCAAACAACAUUCACUGGCAAAGGACAUAUAUUUGGAAAAAAUCACCAAAGCAGACUUAGAGUCGUUCUUCUUAAAUUCUUGGAAAAGGUGAAGGAAGCUCGCCGAACACUUAAAAAACCCCAAGUAGAAAAGUUUGAUUGCACCCAGCACAAGCAGACAUUCUGGUGCUACUGCUGUGGGCUUGAAGUUGAAAGAAAUGUGACAGACGGAAACAUGACUGUGCUGUACGGAGGCUUGAUAGAACACAUGGCCACCCCAGAACACAGGAAGAAUACACACAAGUUCUGGUGGGACAAUAAGGCCGACCCCAAGUUUAGAGACAAGGUCAUCAUCACAGAGGAGGAAACUGAAAGGUUUAAAGCUGAGGUGGCAACAGCAUUGGAAUCAUUUGUGGAAAAGGAGGAUGAAUACAUAAAACAGGAAGCUGAUUCCAUACGGACCCAGGAGAAGAAUCGUCAAGAGGUCCUUCAGGCUCUUUUAGAGCGUGACGCAGAGACGGAGUUGUUCAAUGGACCCAACGGCACAGACAUGUCUGCCGAGGAUGCUGUCAGCUCUCAAUUUACAUCUCAGGGAUCAGACCAGCAGGCGGGCAGCAGCUUUGUCGAGUCAAUGGUUGAAGCACCGUGGGCUGCAACAGGGCAAGGCCUGACUUUCAUAGGUUAUCAGGAUUCAUCGAACAGUGGAAAUGUUCAUACAGGUGCCGUCCCUCCUUGGCUCCAGGAUGAUCCUCUGGAGGGAACCUCCGGAGCUGCUGCACAUCCAGAAAUCGGUCCAUCACUCCAAGAGUUCCUCAAACAGAAGGAGCAAGAGAAGCUGAGGAAGCUUCCCCCUAACAGAGUGGGCGCCAACUUUGAUCACAGCUCACAUACAGACGCCAACUGGCUUCCCUCCUUUGGUCGGGUGUGGAACAGUGGCCGCCGCUGGCAGUCCAGGCACCAAUUCAGACAAGAGGAAGGACAGAAGAAGAGACAGAAGAGGAAGAGAGAGCACGGCACAGAGGGCGCAAAGAUAGCUAAAACGACUCAACAGCGGACAAAUUCUGACACUUAAAACUGAAUACGGUGUGUGAGAAUUCAUCAGGGAAUGGAUGUAUAUAGUUUGCAAGAUGUAAAUAAGCUUUUAUACUAUGUUUCAGAUGAGUUGUACUUGGUUGAAAUGCUCAGGCUGACUUGACACCCUACUGCAGUACCUUACCAACAAUACUGAUUGUAUAUGGAGUUUGUGUGCCCCUUCAGUUGGUCAUUGGCCUGUUCCAUUUGGUCAAAUCAAAUCAAGGCACAAGAGUAAAAAGCCUUAAAAUAUUUAGUAUUGUUUCUUUUUUUAAACAGUAGGGGGCGCCAGACACUCAACUAAUAGGCACUGCUGUUUGAUUAUAAAAGAAAAUACAUGGCAGCAAGCUGUUAAAGUCAACAUUUAGACAAGAGGGUUGUUAAAAACCUAAACUGUAUUAUAUAUAUUUUUGAGGAUGUAUAUCAUUAUUUUUUCUUGUGUGGUACCAUUAAAUAACAGUUUUGUCUCUG